CAAAUGAUUCACCGAUCAUCAAAGAGACAAUCCCACAAAGGGAGGAUAACAACUGUUUUGACAAUGCCGGAGAUGAGUACAUCCUACCAACAAACCUUAACUACUAUCAGGAAAUGGAAAUUACUGUCCCCAAUGAGAUAACAAGAACCAUGGAUGGUGAUCUAACGAUAAACAAGGGCACCCUGGCGCCGACAAAACCGAACGCGGCAUUAACAAAUAACCCGGCUCACGAGAAAGAAGAAACAACGAAUAAACAGAACACGUGGGAAAACACCACAACAAACAAGGAUAACGAAGCAGACUUCGAGGAAGCACUGCUAAGAAUCUCACUCCCGCUAGAGGAACCGACGGAAAACAUAUCAUCUACGUUAAAGCUUUACAACAGAAAGGAAGGAAAUAAAAUUGGAAACAAUGGAGCACAAGGGAAAAUAAAACAUGACAGGAAUCACAGAAAGCACAGCUAUCGUAAUGGAAGCACCAACAACAACGGGACUAUUACAAUGUAAAAGACGAAACUACAAACUAAGGAAGAACUCGAGAAGCAUGGCACGCACGACAAACAAGGGAGACAGAAACUGAACAAAAGGAGAACGUAAUCCACAACGGAGGAAUAACAAACCAACAGAACAACAACUAUGAAAAGCGAAAAUGUACAUAUAGAAAUAGAUAUAAAUACUACUAGUAAUGUUAACCAUAACCUAAUUUUAAGUAAGACAUGUAAAAUAUAUAUACAAACAUUUAUACUACAUAAAAUAAAAUACAAACCUUCUGAGAAACUCGAA